UAUUUUCGUUUCGACCUGAACACUUUGAUUUUUUUCGCGCACCGGAUAUUAGAGACUGUAUGUUGUUUUGCUGGGACUUUUGUGGUUCUUGGUUGUUAUAUGGCUGGAUGUAGUGGUAGAAAAAAAGGACCAUUAUGAACCAGAAUUAAAUGAAAAGGAGUGCUGAUAGAAAAAAGGGACAUAUUAGGACGAAGGGGAAUCCAAGGGUGGGCCACUAUUUAGAUCCCUGGAUGCAUAUUUAGGCAAUCUCGAAUGGUGCAUAGUUUGCAGUGUUUUAGAAAGCAGAUAGAUGAAGUGAAAUCUCGUUCCACUCUGUGUGCAGGUACAUUGGAUGUGUUGUUUUGUGUAUUUUUUGUCCCGUAAUGUGUACUGAAAGUAUUUAUUUUAGCUGAAACUAAAUGUUAAGUGUGUAUUUUUAUCGACUGAAGACGAGUACGUCGUGCCGUCGUGUGGGACAAACAGACUACAUUAGUGGCAUCGACCGGGGGACAGUGAACUCUUUAACUAUGAUAAAGUAAAGCGUGAGUAGCUGGGAACGCAAGUAAAAUUGCUAGCGAAGAUUGUCUCCCUUGACCGUCCAACAAAGAAAUAAGCUUAAGGUGAAAGUGUGGGCAGACAGUGCCUGGAUAAACAAUCUUCCGCAGAUAAGGUGUAAGGCCUAUCGACGCUCGAAACGGGUGAUAAGAACCGCUAUGGCACUUCUAUCUAAUGGUGCUUCAUCAAUGCAGAUAACUCAACAGUCCGGAAACCCCAAGCAACCCAACAACAAAGAUGGCAAUGGUGCUUUCAACUCCAACGAUCACAUUUUCUUCUCGAACCUGUUCAAUGCCCUGCCGCGGUGGGAUGCUCCGGGGAAGAUUUGCUCCGGCCCAGUAACGGUGCCGCAGAGUGCCAGUAGCAAUGCUACGAACUUCAGCAAUCCAGCAUCCCUGGAAAGGGAUAGUCUCACCGAUGACGUAUUAUUUUCUAACGUGCUAGGCGCGAUAGGAACUUCCAGCGGAAGCGUUCCGUCCCAUGAUAUUCUAGGUGCAAUAGGUACUCACAUGACUCCGAGUACUUCGCCACAGACAAACUCAUCAAACGGGAGUUCACAUUGUGCUUCCUCACUGGGCGCCGUUUGUGGACGCUGCGACACGCAUGCAAUCAGUCGCUGUCUGGACUGCAACGAUGUCCUUUGUGAGGACUGCACUCAUGGACAUAAUAAGAAUACGUUCGCAAAAGAUCACUGUGUGAUCUCAAUACACACAAUUUCGCCAAUUGGAUCGGCCGCAGGAGUACACAGUAUUCCUGUGGCUAAUCAACCACACUGCGAUGUACAUGGCGAGGUGCUACGCUACUUGUGCGAAUCGUGCAAGAAAAUUGUUUGCCAGGAAUGCACCCUAUGGGAUCACAAAGACCAUUCCUGCAUUCCGGUAGCUAAUGUAUCGCACGGUGCUUCUGAGAAAAUUUUGUCAAUCAUCGAAAGCGGUAAGCUGGGAACCAAAUAUAUUAAAGCUAGCAUUGACCGUGCAGUGACGUUUUCACAAGCGGUCGAAAGAGAUGCAAUGGAUGUUUCAGCAAGGAUCCGUAAGGCUAUGAGACAUUUUAUUUUAGCCGCUGAAGAUCGUGAACGCACUUUGUUGGAACGCGUCGAUAAGUUUCGACAGCAAAAACUAACAUCUCUUUCAGACCAGAUGGCAGGACUGCGUGCAGCUUUGGCAGGUCUUUCCCAAACAUCAGAUAUGCUUACUAAAACCUUAGAUGCGGUAGAUUCUAUGAACAACAUGGACAUAGCGAAGGCCUUAACGGCCGGAGAAAAUCAAAUGGAGCAAUUUGCAGCCAUGUAUAAGAAUUUGCAACCAAAAGAGGAAUUCAUAUCGUUUGUGGCUCCUAACUUUGAGCUAUUGCAAGAUAUCCGUAUGCAAGGUGACGUACUUUUAGUUGGCCAACGUAGCAACUCGUUUUCGAAUGGUUCCAAUGUAUGCAUUCAACCACCAAGUGGGAAUAUACUGACUCGCCGUCCUAUCAUCCGUAGUUCAACCCCAGCACAACGUUUAGGUUCCGCAUCAUCGUGGGAACAGACACCGUCGUCCAAAACUUCACUUGGCACAUCUCCAACAUCGAUCGGCAUUGGGCCAAUUCCUGGAAUGCCUGUUCUAGGACAGAGCAUUCCUGGCUGUACUGUGCAUGUUUCGACAAAGCCAGCUGUUGGGCCGAGCACAACUUUUGGUUUUGAUGGUCACGAAGAUGGACAAGUUUCUCGUCCAUGGGGAAUCUCUGUUGAUAAAGAUGGACACGUUUUGGUGGCAGAUCGUCGCAAUAAUAGAGUGCAAGUGUUUUAUCCGGAUGGUACCUUCAAGUUGAAAUUCGGAUCCAAAGGAACAGCGAACGGCCAAUUCGAUCUACCGGCGGGCAUCUGUACCGACGCUCAAAACCGAAUCAUCGUGGUGGACAAAGAUAACCACCGUGUGCAGGUGUUUUCCCCCAAUGGGCUAUUCCUGCUGAAGUUCGGAAGCUACGGCAAAGACUGCGGUCAAUUCCAGUACCCCUGGGAUGUGGCUGUCAAUGUUAAAGGCGAGAUAUUGGUGACGGAUUCGCGCAACCACCGAAUUCAAUUGUUCAACUCCGAUGGCCAAUUCAUUUCGCGCUUCAGCUUCGACGGAGUGAACCAUAGUCGCUACCUGAAAGGAUUGACGACACCUCGUGGGGCCUGCUUUACGCCGCAAGGGGAUGUGAUUGUAUCGGAUUUUGAAAAUCAUCGAUUGCUGCUAAUUGAUUCUACACUAACUAAGGUUCUUGCUGCCAAGGGCCACGAAGGAACAGCCGUACACGAGUUCAGCCGCCCAUCCGGAAUAUGUUGCGACGAUGAUGGUCGCGUCAUUGUGGCUGACUCGAAAAAUCAAAGAGUACUCAUCUUCUCACCGCAACUAGAGUUUCUUUGGGUGGUGGAAAUACGCCCGUCGUCCAAUAACCUGCUCACAAUGGGCAUGGAUGAGAAGGAUCGUCCCAGUGAUGUUGCUUUACUGCCUGACGGACGCCUGGUGGUAAUGGUGGAAACCUCGCCGGAUGCCCGGGACCAGUGCAGUCCUCAAAAGACUUUCAUACAAAUCUAUUAGGAAAAAGUUAUAUUCGUUUAUUUCACAUUUUUACUCUUUGUUUAAUUUUCUGAUGUUCAUUUUUGGACGACGUUGUUUUUGAUAGUGAUCUAUUUUUCAUCUACUAGACAAAUUUUACACAGAAGAUUAACGUUGCUACCUCUUGCAGAAAAGCGUAAUUUAUUUGCGUUGGAUGUUUUACAUGUGUAGGAGAGAUACGAUCGAGCAUGCAUUCACUUUUUAUAUACAUUUUAUCACUAGACAAAGAAGCAAUUUACGUAGGAAAUCUCAAUAGUACAAGGACACGAACAUGGUUGAGUAAAUCGUAGUACAAGUUAGUGUGUAACGCGUUAAUGAAAGGAACACGAGGAGGACGAGACUUGUUGGACAAGCAGCCAUCUGGUGUAGAAUCGUACUGGCAGUCUGAAAAAGCAAUAAAAAUGCAAAGAUGAAGAAUAUACACCGAGUGCUAGAAAGUCUUGAGCGCGAAGACUUUGCACAAAAGACUGAAAAGGAUAACUAGCCAAUUCAUGUCAGACACUAUUUUAUUCGAAUGCAAUUGUAUUAUGUAGGAUGCCUUAUUUUCUUGUUUUACUCGAUUCAUUUUGUUCAAUUGUUUAUGUUCUAAAUGUUUUUCUUUUAGAAGAAGUAACCCAACGAGUGUGCAAGUUUUGGCGACAUGAUCGGUAAAUAGUAGAUAGUGUUAUUUUAACCGUAGUAAACUUUUUCCCAGAAAAUGAUGAGUUUGCAUAAUGCAGGCAUUUAAUACUAAUUUUAAAAAAUUUGAUAGAUUUUAUUGUAGAUUAUGAACAGCAUACUGUUCACUAAAUAUAGUUUUUUUUGUGGCAGCUAGUGAGCUGAAUGUCAUUAUUUUGAGUAUUAUGCCAAGCGGUUUAGUGAUUUAGUUUAGUAUUAAGAGUAAAAGUGUUUUACUUAGUAAAAGCAAGCAUGUACGAACAUGUCCCAGUCAAAGUUAAAAAGAAAACCAGAGGAAUUAUCUUUCCAGAGCAUUCAAAAUGACUAAGCUUAAUCUGUGACUUUCAGAGACUAUUAGUCUGAAUCAUCUACUUAAAGAUGAACUUCAACUUUAACUAAAAAGUAAAAAAUAUUGUAACAGUCUUCUUAUCUUCGUAAAGCAUCACCAGUACUACUUGAAAAGAACAAAGAACAUUACGUUAACUACAUAUACCAGUAAAAACUGAGAAGAUAAUAAAACCAAACAAAAGCUCCUUCCAAGGAGUGAGUAGCGGCGUUUUUGAAAAGGCCACAGGACUUGUGAUUUUGUAAGCGAAACAAAGUGAGCAAGCAGAUUAAACCCAAAUCACUCGUGUAACGAAAAGCGAAGUUGGCAAUAGAGCUAGUGCCAGUAGAAUGGAUUAAAAGGCAAACCGCAUUUCUUUUAAAGGAAGAAGAGUGAUUCGAUUAUCAAUCGAUUUCAGGGCUAAGUGAAAAAAAAUAGAGGAAUCCAAUUCGCUAUAAAAACGGAAAUAAAUCAAACAUGCAAAUGUUGCCAUAAAUAAUCUCAAAGACAAAGAAAACAAUUAAAAACCUGAGUUGAUAAUGUAUCAAAUAAAACCAUGAUCAGAUUUACUAUGCAGCAUAGACGCUAAACAGUAAUCGUAAAGCAGAUAAAAAUCAGAUGAGAGAAUAACUUAUCUAAAAUUAACGUUGCGUUUAAGAAAUGUAUGAUCCUAUUUAAUCAAAUUAAAUCAAAUGACAUAAUCUCUGGGAAGCCCAGAUGAACUGCGAUUUGCACUUUCCUGAUUAUUAUUUUUGAAAUAAUAUAAAAUCUUUAUGCUAAUUUAUAACUGAUAUGUCUAUCGCCGAAUAACUACUCUUUGAAAAGCUUAAUCGUAUGUGUUCCCGUGCUUUGAUGUACUUUAUUCAAAUUCCAAAUGAGUAUGUAUAAGUUAAUGAAAAACUCCAAGCCAGUUCGGUUACUAAGCUAAAAGAAUAAAACUCUUAAUAAUAGUGUGUGCUAAGAAUGGUUUUUGUAUCGUUUAGGUAAGAAAUUGCUUUUAAAAUAAUUAAUGGAUUUGGACAUAAAAAAUAACUCGAAAUGCAACUGAAAUGCAAUUAAAUAUGUAGUAACGCUAUAGAAGCAAAUAUUCUGGCCCUGUUCGGAUGACAGCAUUUGAGGCGAAAAUACAAAAGUUAACCAAAACGAAAUGAAAAAAAAAAACAACACGAAACAUUAGUUUUAAGCUGACUGAUCGAAACCAGUAAGACUGAGAAGUUCGACUGAGGAUGAAAACGGAUAAUACAAAGAUAAUGGCAAAUUAUCCUUCUAGCACGAAAUUUACUACGUUUGUCCGAAUAUUAAAUAGAAAUUUGAUUUUGCUGAGUGAGACUUGAUUGAUAAAAAUAAAGCCUCAACAAGAGCCAAACUUGAGGAGCAAUACUAAAAUUAAUUACUGCGAAGCAUAGGAUCACGAUAUACACGAAAACCAAAAGUUAAUACUCGAUACACACAUAUUCCUAUCAACAGAGAAAAAAAUAGUUCUUCAAAAGUAGUAAAUUCCGAAUCCUCACCGUAACAAACACACCACCCAAAGAAAGCAUAGCAAAAAGACAUCAUAUUCCAACCCCAAUAUCUGUUACUAUACUCAGAAUAAAAGCAAAAAAUUUGGUUUGACCUAAAUGCAAGUUCCUGCUGGGAUAAAAGUAAUUGAAAUAUAUUUCUCAUGAGUAUAAUUGUGCUACUGCUAGUAUACAUAUAGUAGAGGAUUUUAUUUUUUUAUUUUUUCAAAUUUCAUUUAUAAUUUUUUUCUAGAUUGUAAGAUCGGCUUCAAUUUAGAAUCGCCAAAAUGUGUUCGAAAUGAGAGACGAUGGUGAACGUAAACACUGAGUAGAUUUUAGAUCAAAUAUACACACAUACACACACUAUAAAUUGUAUGAUGCUAAUAAUGAUAAGUAAUAAAUAUGACACGAAAGUACAACAUUCUCUUUAAUAUCGCUGACUUUACAAAAAGAAAAAGCUAACGCAAAAUAUACAUAGAACAAAUAUUGAACGCAAAAUUAUUCUGAAUAAUUGCAAAUAGUUACCAUAGGAGAAGGAAUGAAUUCUAUGAAAUUCUAUUUAAAAAAUAUACAACAACCAAUUAAAUAGCAAUUUUUUGGCGAAACACUCAGAAACGCACUUAUAUACAACACCCGCAAAUAUUAUUCUUUAUUAUAAUAAAUAGUCUAUAACCGGCA